AGAAAUUGAAACAGUUUCGGCCGUGAGCUGCAAGUGAAUCAACGUCUAAAUCGUGACAAGUGAAGCACGCGAAGUGCGGUGUUAACAGCAAUUGUGUACCAACUUUUAUUUGUUGUUCAAUAUUUAUUUGAGAUUUACUCAACACUUUUAUUUACUUUAAAAUUUAACAACUUUAACGAAAAAUAAUUGAAUCCACAAAGUGAAAAUGCGUGCCAUUUUUGUGUUAACAUUAUCGCUUUUACUGUUGAUCAACAACAGUCAAGCUGGCUUGGUACAUCGACGAUUUCGCGAUCUCAACGAAACACCCGCCAUUGCAGUGCUAACAAGUGAACCUGUCGCAGCAGAGUUGCGUAAGGAUCAAAUACCAGUGACUAUCCUCGAAUUGGAAGAACCACAAACUGUCGUGCAACCAUUGGACAGCGAGCGUCGGGUUGAACCAGCUUUAACUGUUUCGGAACCACAAGCAAUUGCGACUGAUAACAAAGCACCACAAAAAGAAGGACUAAAAGCUGCUGCAGAAACUGCUGAAAUCGCUGAGGAGAUUGCAAGUGCCGUAGAACAGGAUCAAAAAUUAAGAGCAGCAAGUGCUAUUACUGAAGCACAAGCUAACAUUGAACAACCAACUGAACAGCAAUUAGCAGAAGCUCCUUUAACAAAAAAUACUGCUCCACAAUUAACAACUGAACAGAAUAAUGCUACACCAUUAGAAGCAGCUGUACCCGCUGUUGUUGCUGUACUCGCACCCCCUCAACAACCCUUUGUGAAAUCAGUGCCAAGUGUGAAUAAUCCAGAAGUAGCACAGCCAGCAGAAGUUGUUGCAGAAAAUGUUGCAGAGAAAGUCGAUGCCAAUGCUGAUGCAGUUUCAAAUGUACGUCAAGCCACUCAAGCCACACCCACUACUACACAACAGAACUUUGUUCAACAACUACAGAACACCAUACAAAAUUCGCCUAUCGGUCAGUUUUUAAAUCAAAUAACUGGUCAACAACAAAACAAUAAUCAACAACAACCUGCUGCCGAUGAACCAGCCUCACCGAAUCCAACACUGCCCGGUUUUCUAAAUCCAGCCGCUGCCAUUACAUCUGCUCAACAAGCCGUACAAAAUGUGGUCAAUUCAACCACACAAGCAUUCCAGGGUCUACAACAAUUUGCUAGCAAUAUAGGCACUCAAUUCCAAAAUACGCUCUCCAAUCUCGGUAAUCAACAAAAUCAGUUAACCACCUCUGAUUCAACGACCACACGUCCACCAGGUCCAUUUCAAGCUAUUGUAAGCACUUUCACUGGUGGUAAUAAUAACAAUAAUCAACCUGCUGAUGCCGCUCCUGGUCAACCACAAGGUCCACUACAGGGAAUAAUUAGUUUCUUCCAAGGUGGCGCACGUCCAACUGCUGCGCCUGUAGUACCCGUUGUACAAACAACUGCUGGACCAGCUAUUGUAGAACCUGUAGCUGUUGAUGAUAAAAUCGAUGAAGCCAGUAAUGAUGAUGCACAAGUAGAGCCUGAUUCGGAUAAUGAGGUGCGCAAUAGUGAAGAAGUUGUAUUAGAUUCUUCUGAGGAAGCUCAACAAAGCGAUAUGAUUGUGGUCAAUGAUGAUGUCAAUCAACAAGAUGCUGUCGCUGCUUAAGUUGGUACAAUCUGCCGAUUUGAGUAUAUAGGACUUAGUUUUUUUAAGUUACUUCAAUGCCAGUUUAAUUGAUAGACACCAUUUUGUCACAAUUUUUCAUUUUGUUUCAUUCAUAAAUUUAUUUAUUUCAUUCAUUUUUAAAAAUUUUAUACGACAUAAUUUUAAAUUAAAAUUUAAUAAAA